UUUUAAAUAUCACCAACCUGUUCCACCUGUCUUUCCUCUUCGGUCACUCCUCGCACACACGUUAGCUUUUGCAGAGCAACGACAAAGACAACUAAGCUCCGUACGCUUUUGAUCGCAAAUGCAGACAAGAACGGUUCAGGUGAAGCACGUUUCAGAUCUAGCUAGUGAGAGAGAGAUUCAUGAAUUUUUCUCAUUUUCUGGAGAAAUCGAAUACAUUGAGAUCCAACGAGAGUCCGAGCAAUCAAAGACUGCAUUUGUGACAUUCAAAGAUCCUAAAGCACUUGAAAUUGCAUUGCUAUUAUCGGGAGCAACAAUCGUUGACCAAAUUGUGAGUAUAAGUCCCGUCCAAAACUAUGUUACAAAACAUGAGAUGCAGGAAGUAAGGGUGGUGGACAAUGCUGCUUGUGUCACUCCUGCUGAAAGCAACAAUUUAAUUGUCGAGGAUAAAUCUAACCCAUCAGGCAAUGGAAGAAUGUAUGUUAGUAGAGCACAGGAUGUAGUUGCAAGUGUGCUAGCAAAAGGUUCAGCCAUUGGACAGGAUGCCAUGAAUAAGGCUAAAGCAUUUGAUGAGAAGCAUCGGUUAACAGCAAGUGCAUCAGAGAAGGUCAUUUCCUUUGACAAGAGAGUUGGGCUUACAGAAAAAUUGACAGUUGGAAUCUCUGUGGUCAAUGAGAAAGUGAAGUCUGUUGAUCAAAGGCUUCAUGUGUCGGAUAAAACAAUGGCUGCAAUAUUUGCAGCAGAGAGAAAACUGAAUGACACAGGAUCAGCUGUUAAAACAAGCAGGUACGUUACUGCAGGAGCAGCCUGGUUCAAUGGUGCUUUUACGAAGGUGGCAAAAGCGGGGCAGGUUGCAGGUUCAAAAACGAGAGAUAAGUUUCAUAUGGCUGUAUCGAACUUGACAGCAAAGGAAUCUCCAAUUACUGCUUAAGCCGGAAACUUGAUAUUGCAAUUUGUCGAAUUGGAUUCUGGUGCCAUGUAGCUUUAUCUCCUGUUGGGGCGUUGGGAUAUAUAAGUUGGGUUGUUGGUUUGGUGUUGAUUCGGUUGAAUGGGAUGAAUGUUUGUGAUGUUUCUUUAUGCUUAUCCAUCAAUGGUUUGGUGUAUGCUCUUAGCUCGUGAUUCAAUAUUUUUGUAUUUUUUUCCAUUCUUUAUUUCUCAUUAGCGUUGUAAUCUUGCAAUUGUAACAUCUAUUUAAGUGGAAAAGAAUUUGAAACUG